AUGUCCUCCCGGGAGACAGGUGACUUUUGUCUGGAUUGCCAUUGGGACACGUUUGAUGAUAUUACUGGAAAGUUUCCGAUGCUGCCAUCAGAGAAACGGCAAUGCGGGGAUAUCCAUCAUAUCGGAGAUGCAGCAUGUGCAGCUGAAGAAAGUUGUUGUGAAAAUGAUGCUUGCUCCCUCAAUUGCUCGUCAGUCUGUGAUGGGUUUGUGAGCUGUGACCUAGUUUCAACAGUAUGCUCUGCUGCCAACUGCGAGGAAGAACAUUGUGAAAGUACUGGUCCAGCGUGUUUCGACAAGCACUGCUUUGAGGACGGUCAAAAUGUGGACGUUUCAACGGCAAAUCUGCUCCAGCAGACCGAUUUUCAAUGGGACCCCGCAGUAUUUUUGCCUGCUAUAACCGACCAUCACUUUGAUAUGCCAGUUGCCGAGUCACAUACGUUAAAUCAAGCGACUUCCAGGCAUCAGCAUUGCUAUACCAACAACUCUUUCUCCGACUUUCAAUGCCACAGUACAGGCCAUGGGUCUCUUGCCGCAUGCCAGCAAUAUUCCAAAGAUUGCAACAAUGCAUGGUGUGCUCCCUUUAAUAAUAACCAGAUAGACAUGUCUCAUAUUGACGUGGAUAUCCUGCUCAACAACACAUCAUUCGACACACCAGAUUCAAACGACGCUCUUUUCGACCAGCAAAGUGAUGCCACUAAAAUGCCUUGUUUCCUAGGUGAUGGACAGCCGUCCUGCUCAGAUGCAGGUUUUCAACAUCUAGGAUGCUAUCUUCGAAAUUCCGGAGACACAAGAUUACUAGAGUUCUCAAAACAACAGUCACAAGCUCGUGUUCACCGUCAUCACCAUGGCCAAGCACAUCAUAGAGUGGCACAAUAUUCUCGCCCUCGUAAUCAACGGAGGAGUAUAAGUUCUCAAACUAUUUCCAGCCUCAUCGACAGUCCUCCUCCUUUAGAUAGAGCUUUGUCGUCCGCUUUGACGAGCCCCACUCCGGCAUUGCCUGAGGAAGGAGAAUCUCAUGUCUGCCGCUGGAAUCAUGGGAUAUCCAUGUGCAAUGCUACCUUUACCUCCUGUGGAGAUCUUCAAGAACAUCUCGUCACGCAACAUAUACAUCCUAUAGACGGAGUUCAAGGGCAUGGUUACUACUGCUGCUGGUAUGGGUGUCACCGGCCACAUGAACCAUUUUCUCAAAAGUCCAAGCUUCAAGGACAUUUCUUGACUCACAGCAACUACAAGAACUUCGCCUGCUCGGUAUGUGGCAAAGCAUUCGCGAGACAAGCAACACUCGAACGUCAUGAGCGUAGUCAUCGUGGCGAGAAACCCUUCAAAUGCAAACAAUGCGGCAAAGCCUUCACGGAUAGCAGCGAGCUCAAGACUCAUUCCCGAACACACACUGGGGAAAAGCCAUUUAAGUGCACAUUUCCGGGGUGUGACUUUCAGACCGGUGACUCAUCCAAUAUGUCUAGCCACAAGUUGACGCAUAGUGGACGCCGACAUAAAUGCACUUAUCCUGGUUGCGCGAAGGCUUUUACUCGCCCUGAUCAACUUAAACGCCAUCUCAAAACCACUCACAAAGUCGACAAUAACACCCAGUCCAUGAUUUCAACGAUCGCAUUGCCUACAACGAUAGGCACAGUCAGUUAA